UACUUGCUGUACAUAUCCUACCAAGUCAGACCUACACUGUUUCAAUGUCCAUUUCUCUGUUCUCAAUUGUUGAUGACUGAAGUGAUGAUAACAACCAAACCUGAUGAUGGCCAAGUAGAACUGCACCAGCAUCUCGGUCGGCACCCUCCCACCCCCCACAUGAGCUGUAACUGAGCUAUCAGAUCUUGAUAUUGUUAAUGUGCCUGAUGGCCGAGGAGAAAAAAACUGUUCAGGUGGCGGUAGGGAUGAUGUUUGAUAAGAAAUUAUCAAGUUUGAGCCCAUUAUCGAAUUCUUUUAUCGAACCGAUUUCUUAACGAUUUUCUUAUCGAUUCUCUUAUCGAAUCCAGACAGGUUGUUGUAUAUGGAAAAAAAACACAAUAUUUGGUUUAACAAAAGCUCACUUUUAUUUUAUAAGAAUAAAAUCAAAUAAAUAAAUAUUGACUGUUGUUACCCCCCUAAAAAAAUUAUAUGUUUAAUCAAAUUAUUCAGAGGCUUUUAAUUAAUGUAAAAGUCCCAGACCUUAUAACUAAAUAAUGUAGUUUAGGUAUUUCCGUUCAUGCCCCCUCUGAUCAUCACCAAGAGCUGGACUCACCUCCUUUUCUUGCCUCUCUGCCUCUUUCACUGGCUGCUUGAAAAAAAUACAUUUCAAACUGAUUUAGUUCAGCACAAUGUUGUUUUAGGCUGAAGUGGUCCUUAAAGUACAACAGAGCCAAAGUGAAGGUCUCACAAUAAAAUAUUGCUUCAGUUCAAUAAAUUGUUUCAAAUAAUACCUAUGCUACUGCUGCUACUGUGUUUGCUGCCACGGCUCUUCUCUUCAGUCUCUCCCAGACGACAUCCUCCUCCAGUCUGUAUCUAAACCUUCUGGGGUCCAUCAGUGUGGCCUCCUCCAGGAAUGACUGCACGUCCUUGUCAUGGAGGGAAACCUUCUGGGGUCCAUCAGUGUGGCCUCCUCCAGGAAUGACUGCACGUCCUUGUCCUAGAGGGAAAAUGAGGGACAGACACAGCAUAGAAUUAGGGGGGAAAUUAGCUGAAUGUGAAGAUUAGGGUGUCUGUUAUUAAGUCUUUAGCAUAUUAGUAUGUGGAAUUAAAUGAUGGAAUGUAUUAAGUAAUGAAGUUAAACAUUGUACUGAUAUGAUCCACUUUAAGAGGUUGUUCAAAUUAAUAGUGCUUACAAAGUACAAAGAAGAAUUAUGAGAAAUACUUUCAACCUUAUUGAAAAUAAGAUAUUCUUCAUCUCAGUAUAUUAAUAAUGACUAGGGAUGUCCGAUAAUGGCUUUUUGCCGAUAUUCCGAUAUUGUCCAACUCUUUAAUUACCGAUACCGAUAUCAACCGAUAUAUGCAGUCGUGGAAUUAACACAUUAUUAUGCCUAAUUUGGACAACCAGGUAUGGUGAAGAUAAGGUACUUUUUUUAAAAAUUUGUAAAAUAAGAUAAAUAAAUUAAAACAUUUUCUUGAAUAAAAAAGAAAGUACAACAAUAUAAAAACAGUUACAUAGAAACUAGUAAUGAAUGAAAAUUAGUAAAAUUAACUGUUAAAGGUUAGUACUAUUAGUGGACCAGCCGCACGCACAAUCAUGUGUGCUUACGGACUGUAUCCCUUGCAGACUGUAUUGUUAUAUAUUGAUAUAUAAUGUAGGAACCAGAAUAUUAAUAACAGAAAGAAACAACCCUUUUGUGUGAAUGAGUGUAAAUGGGGGAGGGAUGUUUUUUGGGUUGGUGCACUAAUUGUAAGUGUAUCUUGUGUUUUUUAUGUUGAUUUAAUAAAUAAAAAAAACGAUACCGAUAAUUUCCGAUAUUACAUUUUAACGCAUAUAUCGGCUGAUAAUAUCGGCAGGCCGAUAUUAUCGGACAUCUCUAAUAAUGACUGAAUUAAUUACAUAUUACAAAACUGUUAUAUAUACUAAUUCACAGAUGUUAUUUUAUUAUAAAAAGGUCAGUAAAUUAUGUAUAUACUUGUAAACGCUCUGAAUUGGGAAAGGGUAGGAUUAAAUAAGCUUUGCUUCUUCCUACUCCUUUUCAAACAUGAUGUAAAGUGAAAUUAUAUGAAACUGUGAUGUGUUACACUGUAGGUGUGUUCAUGUACGAAAUAAACUAAAGAAAGAAAGAAAGCACUAGUUUAUUAGACAGACCUGCAAACUCUGGAGUGGUGUAGGCUACAAGUUACCGUUAACGUUAUCAGACACAUACAAAAAGGCUAACGUUACCGUUAGCCACUGACUGUGCUUAGGUAACGUUAGUCUAGCUAACAUUACUGCAGUCCUGGUUGACAUAAGAGGUAACGUUAUUUUAGCCUAAAGGCUACAAGUGAGCAGAUAUGGAAAUUCACCGGCAACAGUUAAUGUUAGUUACUCACCGUCACUAUCACUAUAACUGGGGCUGCAGGUUGAAGCACAAGAAGAGGGGCGUGCUUCGUCAUCUCUGUCGCUGCUUCUCCACGUGUCGAAAACACGACAAUGUUCUCGAACGUUCAGGUUAUGUGCGGCCUGAACAUGUUUCAACAUGUUUGUUGUACUGCUCCCCUUACAUGAGAGGGAAGCCUGGCAAUAAUUGCAUAUUGUCGUUUCCUCGUCGUAUGUUUUUGUAAAAUGAAGCCAUGCCUUGAGGCGUUUUUUCCAGUCCGUUAUUUUUGCUGCUUUCUGUAUCUGCCGCCUAAUGACAGAGCUACGUCAUUUCCUGUGAUGUCCCACAGGGCAUUUCCCAGGGGAUUCGAAUAAAGAACCAACUAUUUUUCUUUACUCUAGUGGCCUCGAUAACGGGAACCGGUUCUCAAAAAGGGAUUUGACUCCACGGAAUCGGUUCUUUUCUUAUCGAACAACCGGGAGAACCGGUUUCGAACAUCAUCCCUAGGUGGCGGGAGGUGUGGUUCUGGAUGAACCGUAGUCUCCUGCCUGAGGGGAGAGCGGAGAAUAGUUUGUGUCCAGGGUGAGAAGAGUCAGCUGUGAUCCAACCCACACGCCUCCUGGUCCUGGAGGAGAACAGGUCCUGGAGGGGUGGGAGUUUGCAGCCAAUAACCUUCUCAGCAGCACGUACGAUGCGCUGCAGUCGAUGCUUGUCCCUGACUGUGGCGCCGGGGAACCACACGGUGAUGGAUGAGGUGAGGAUGGACUCGAUGAUGGCUGAGUAGAACUGCACCAGCAUCUCGGUCGGCACUUUAAGUUUCUUCAGCUGCCGCAGGAAGUACAUCCUCUGCUGGGCCCCGGAUGCGCCAAGCUGGUGCUCAGUGAGAGCAAGCUCCAGUUUGGGCAGUACCGGGGUCAAACCUUCUAGUGGCUGCUGGGGAAUGACAGGGGGUACGCCUGUAGCAUCCUGGUGUUGCACCAGAAGGAGCGUGACAGCGGAUACACUUCCCAGUCACCCCUCGCGGUCAACAAAACCGCACUGGCGUCAUACGCGCGACUCUUUCCGGACAUGGUCGCCGCCCUGCGCUCUCAAGCCGCGCUCAUGGGGGAGAUGCCCAUCAGGGAGCUGGAUGGCAGAGCAGUGGGUUUUGGGGCUCAUGCCAAAAGGACAUACUCCGCACUGUAUGAAUCCCCCUACGGCGACGAUCAAUUCUACUUGCAAUGGCUACGAGGCAAGCAGACCAAACCGGGUUCCACGAUGCACGCCUUCCAGCGUUACAUGUUGAAGCGUGACAAGGAUGCGCAAACGCAGACCGCGCCCGGACCUGACGCCCCAGGUAAAUGCUCUCCCCAGGUUUGCUUGACUUUUACAGGUGAAGAGGAGCCCACUGAUGUCAUGCUCCUGGAGCCCACUGAUGCCAUGCUCCUUGAAGCGGCCAUGGAGGCUGAAUCUCAGCCUUCUACCUCGCAGACACCGAUGAGGACGCCGCUGGAAGCAGGCCCUUCCCGCCUUACAGCUCCUAUCGCCGGAGAUGGUGCUACGUCGCCCCUGACUUAUGGUGCUGCGUCGCCCCUGACUUCAGGCGCCGAGUUGCUGCCCAAGUCCUGGCGACAGACGCUGCCGGAGGACCAGCACAACUGGGUGGGCCGUGCGCUUUUUGUCCGAGGUCCCAAGGGGAAAGCAGUUCUCAAGUCCGGGCUGCAGCUAUGGUGGCAACCUCCUAAGAAGUUGCCGUAUUACACGCAGCCCCCUGCCUCGUCCUCUGUGUUUUUCCAAUCCCGCUUUUUCCUGUGGUGCCCGUACAAGCUUUGGGGCUGUAAGCUAGAGUGCCCAAAAUGCAGGUGCAAGCUGACGGGUUGCGGACUAUACAAGACCCUGAGAAAGGUCCUGGACCUCUGUGACUGGUACUACAUGGCCACAGAGUAUCUGGAGUGCCACAAGAAGUAUGCCGCGUGGGCCAGCAACAUCAUCGGGCAGCUGAGCACGGCAAACCAGGCAGAAUUCCCGGCCAUCCCCACCUACAAGUCAUCUUGUGACAAGAAGGUCAUAUGGCAGAUGCAGGCUCGCACGCUGGGUAACAGUGCCACUCGUCUUCGCUCCCACUUGGUAGUGGAGCACUCGCAAGAGUGGCAAACUCGGGCCCUUGGCUACCUGGAGGUGAUGGAUCGCUUUCGCUCCGUCGGCUCCUCGUCGCUGCCGAGGGCCUGUAUCCCGCCCAUGCGCCCGCUACCGAGCGUUUCCUGGCUGCUGUCAGUGUACGUGAGGGAGGUUCUUCCUCGCAUGGAGCACACGAAGGCCAGGAUUACGUCUAUAUUCGGAAGUAUCCGGAAAAUGAACUCCACCAAGAAGAUGACCAAGAAGCUGGCAGGUGAAGCCGCGGGAACGGCUGCCUGGGUCACCAACGUCGGCAACGAGGUUGGCCAGGUGCUCAUGUCGGUGGUGACGGCGGCAGAGGGGGACGGUCUGCUGGCCAUGGCCCGGGGGCUCAUGCGCCGCUACCGGGAGGCCGGGCGAGACCCUCCUCUCGUGAUCUACGUGGACCGUGACUGCUGCUCCGCCGCCGGACAGCCUAAGGUGGCGGCUACGUUCGGCGAGUGGGACCGGCUGGUGGUGCGCCUGGACGUGUGGCACCUCACGCGCCGCUUUUCCAGCGGCGUUACCACAGAGGCCCACACGCUCUAUGGCGAAUUCAUGAAUAGACUCUCGUUUGCCAUGUUUGAGUGGGACGAGGGGGACGUGAGGCGUCUGAGUGAGGCUAAGCGGGCAGAGCAUGGCGGGAACUCCCACGUCCAGCUGUCGACCAAGGAGCUGCACCGUCACUGCCGCCGGCGCACCAGAGGAGCGGAGGAGACCAAGCGUCUUGUCCAGGAGGUGCUGGAUCACAUGUGGGAUGCCAAAGACACAAUGGGCGUCAAGCUGUUUGACCAAGACAGAAUGAAGGAGAUCUGGAGCACUCAGCGACGCCACUUGGGCUGCAUCCAGGACCCGCCUGGCAUGACGCUUUAUACCAGAACUUCCACAGUGACCAGAGGAGGGGUGGCUCUUCCCGUCUUCCGCUGUGCACGGGGCUCCACUUCUCUGGAGAGCUUCCAUCUGCACUUGUGCCGUUUCAUUCCAGGUACGUCUGCCAACGCCCUCCAUUUCCAGGUUAACCUCCUGGAGGGUCUGUGUAGGUGGACCGAGGACCGAGGAAAAGCGGCGGUGAAAGGGACCGAUGCUGUCACGGUGCAGUGUUAUGACGCCAGUCUGCAAGACGCCCUCGCGCGGCUGACACAACGGCACAUGGGUGUCACGCUGGUUGAAAAUUACACCCCGGCGAGCAAGUACACAGGAGAGCUUAUUGGCAUCCAGUACCUGUAUGCCCAGACUGGCGCCGUGCUGCAAUCCCACGCCGUGGAUGAUCCGGACCAGCCUGAUGACUCAGCUGACCUGGGAGACGAGCAGGAGGACGAAGACCAACUCGAGGAUGACGAGGGUUACGAUGACACGCCAGUGGGAAUCGAGCAGUAUCCAGGUGACCGCCAUUCCUUCCCUCCCGAUGAUGAGCCGGCAGAAGAGAAGAAGAAGAUGUGUUAGGUCCAGACGGGCACGGAGGAUACCAGCAUGUCUGUCGCUUGGCCACCGCCCUUGUUGCGCUGCGGCGCCGAAUGUUUGUGCAACCUCGGCAGGAGAGGCAGAUUAUCAAACUUUGGCAAAAGCUGACAGACGGAGACAAAGCUCCUCUCAGCCUUCCCCCCGCCACACUCCCAAGCUGAACAAGGGACGCUUCAAGGUCUCCAGGCAGCACCACUUGGAAGGUGUGGCCAGUGUAAAACGUUUGUGCAUCGGGCGGGGCGCCGAGGUUGCGCACUCUCCGGACACAAGCAGGUUGAUGGAGGCCGUCUUUAUUCAGCUGUCGAGCCACCACAGGCAAGAGCAAAUCAUUUCGGGGUUCCGGCAGAGCCGAUGGUCGCUGAUAAUGCGGGACUACACGCGCAUUCGCGAGAACCUGUCCAGCAACCGGGCCAUCAAAGCUACUGGCUGCAGCAUUCGCCUCUUGGAGGUCAACCACCGUACGCUCACUCUAUGGUUCAACAAGCGGUGUAAGGACAUGGCCACUGCUGAUGUUGUUGCGACGGUGCCAGCACAAAGUGGAGCAGCGACGACAACACAGUCCCUUCCUGCAGCCAGGGAACUUAUGUUAGACAUCGCAUAACCCCAUGAUGCACACGAUUAUCAGCACCCAGCUGACACCUCUGGCCUGUCUUGCACACGGAGGGGGCCUGUGGUGCCAGAACUCUACCGUGCUGUUGUUGCUGCUCCUGCUUCUGCUGCUCCUCCUCAUCCUCCUCCAUCAUCCUCUGAUGCUGCUGAUGCUGCUGCUCCUCCAUCGGGCUCCACCACCAGGGUACCACGCUCAACUGCUUGGUAUCGGAAAAAGAAGGCACUCAGCCCAGGUGGUAUUAUGGACAUCGACGACCUCAAGCGAACCGAGACAUUCAAGUGCAAACUCUGUGGGUAACCAAAGAAUAAAGAACAUGGCCACAAUCGCUACAGAAACGAGACCUUUUGCGCACGUUCGCAGGGGCGUUCGGUGGAGGAGUGGCUGGCUGAGAAGAGGAACCAGGACACCCAAAGACAGAGGCAGACCCAGCACACAAGAGCAACCCAGCCACAGCCACUUGCUUUUCCUGUGCCCAACCCACAGACCCCUGUGCCCAACCCACAGACCCCUGUACCCAACCCAUACGCCCAUUCAAUGCUGCUGCUGCGGAAGAUUUUACCAAAGCCACCUCCGUAACCUUAAUUGGCCCUCUGUUUUUUGCAUUGUCCCUUUUCUACUGCUUUUGCAUUGUAUAGUUUUGUUAUUGUAUAUUGUCUAUGUUUGCUCUGUAAAUUAAA